AUAUAACAGUUUAAUUGACGGACUAAAACAAGGACUUUCAUUUGUAAUGUUGUGGAAUCAGAAAUCGACAUUAGAAAAGGCAUAAAGGUGUGGUGAAAAGUUUGGUGACCUAUUGAGGGUGCAUAGCUAAAUACUGUAACGACAUAGUGAAACUAACAAAGAAUGGCAGCCAUUCGUAAAAAGUUGGUAAUUGUUGGUGAUGGAGCUUGUGGAAAAACUUGUCUCCUUAUUGUGUUUUCCAAAGAUCAAUUCCCAGAAGUGUACGUACCAACUGUAUUUGAAAACUAUGUUGCUGAUAUAGAAGUAGAUGGCAAACAAGUCGAAUUGGCAUUGUGGGAUACAGCUGGACAAGAAGAUUACGACAGAUUGAGACCGUUAUCAUAUCCUGACACUGAUGUUAUUCUUAUGUGCUUUUCCAUAGAUUCACCAGACAGUUUAGAAAAUAUUCCUGAGAAAUGGACUCCAGAAGUAAAACACUUCUGCCCAAAUGUCCCUAUUAUUUUAGUUGGCAACAAAAAAGAUUUGCGUAAUGACGAAACUACAAAAUGGGAAUUACAGAAAAUGAAGCAAGAGCCUGUAAAAAUUGAACAGGGAAGAGAAAUGGCAGAGAAAAUUAAUGCUUUUUCAUAUCUUGAAUGUUCUGCUAAAUCUAAAGAAGGUGUACGUGAGGUUUUUGAAACAGCAACACGGGCUGCACUACAAGUCGAAUUGGCAUUGUGGGAUACAGCUGGACAAGAAGAUUACGACAGAUUAAGACCGUUAUCAUAUCCUGACACUGAUGUUAUUCUGAUGUGCUUUUCCAUAGAUUCCCCAGACAGUUUUGAAAAUAUUCCAGAGAAAUGGACUCCAGAAGUAAAACAUUUCUGUCCUAAUGUACCUAUUGUCUUAGUUGGAAAUAAAAAAGAUUUGCGUAAUGAUGAAUAUACAAUAAGAGAAUUGCAAAAAACAAAACAACAGCCUGUAAAAUUCGAACAAGGAAGAGAAAUGGCUGAAAAAAUUAAUGCGUUUUCAUAUCUUGAAUGUUCAGCUAUGUUGCGAGAAGGUGUACGUGAAGUUUUCGAAAGUGCAACACGAGCUGCGAUUCAAGCAAAGAAGAAAAAAAAGGGAAGUUGCGCUGUGUUGUGAUUGUGUUUAUGAAACAUCCGAAUUAUACGAUGCUUAAAAAAAGUAUGUUUUGCUGGUAAUAAGUGCAUUGUGAUUAUUGGAAAAUACUUUUAAAUAAUUUAUAUCUUCAUAUGUAAAAAUAUUUUUUAUUGAAAAAAAAAAUUUAUGCACAUAACGAAA